UACAACCACAAUACUCGCUUGCCACAUCCCCUCCUCGCCCGGUUUAUACUGACAUUUUGCCUUUUAGAUUAACUUGAGUGACUUGCCAAGAUGGGCGAUCCGAGACUCAACAGGGAGGUGUUCAUGCACAUUGCGACGGGGCAGGGGCCGAACGAGAUGAGUUUCGAGGAAACUCGCAUCCAAGACUACCUCCGCGCAUACUCCACAACCGGGCGUCCACCCGCGCCCUGCCCACAGCAGCCCUCCGACGACCAAUUGCGCGCAUCCAUGGGCCUCCCGCCGCUGUUCAAGCCCACGCCCAUGUCCCUCUCCGCCUCCACCUCGUCUGCGCCCUUCCAGCCGUCGCCGCUAUCACUAUCCAUCCAACCACAGCCGUCGCCGCUCGUGCCCACACCAACAUUAAUCGCGCCCACGCCCUCGACGAGCUCGGCGCUGCACGAGCCGCCCGCGGUGCAGUGGUUCAGGCCGAUGACGGAGAGCGGGGUCGUCUACCACAAUAUCACGGUGCAGCCGGAGUUCUCGAGGUUCUCUACGGAGGAGCUGCGUGUCCAUGCAUACCGCGCGGGUGUGGCGUACCCGCCCCAGCCCAUCCCGCCGAUACCAGCGCCCGCGCCGAUACCGCAACCACUAGCGCGGACGGACACGAUGGCGAUGUCGCUCAUGGACGUCCCGCAGGCACAAGAGACGCCGAAGGCGUACGCAUACGACGGGGACGCGAAGCUGCUCUCCAUAUGCACGGCGCCGCAGUAUAAUCAGCAUAGCUUCGAGGAGCUCCGCCUCGCGUAUAUGAUGCACGGGCGGGAGAUGUCCUCUGCAGAGAUAUUCGCCCAGUCUCCGCCCGCACAAGCACUCGUCCCUUUCGGUGGCAACCCAUUUUCGUCCCCGCCUCCGCAGCCAGGGCCUCAAAACCCGGGGGGCAUGCUGCUAUCGGGCCCGUCGAUGGCCCGGCUGUAUUAGUGGCUGCUGUUAGUGGUUGAACAUAGGGGCAUUGAGAGGGUGCUGCAUAUUAUUACCUUGCCGAGCGGUUGUACACCAUUGUACGUCUUACAUCGUAUAAACAUCUUUUAAUCCUC